AUGAAUCAGCGAACUGCCAGGAUUUCAAGCAACCCGCCCUGCGAGCAGAAGCGGGUAUCACCGCGAGAUACCACGGAACAGGCCCAAAGCUGUCAUGAAGCCGCCCCCAGACAUGCCAAAGGUGCCGAAGCUCGGAAGCACGGAUCAGAAUUGCCAACCGCGCCCAGCCUGAACGUGCCCCAGAUAGGGAGACCCGUAUCAGAGGAGCCUGUGGACAGGUACGCGAGGCUGCAGUGUCUGCAGGCGAGGCUGAAGUCUCGAAGCGGAGACGGAACUCCCAGAGACCCCCGGAGCUGGCUGAAGGACAUGAAGGACAUGCAGGACAUGAGGGAUCUUAACGUGCCGAAGGAGAAAGAAACUCCCAAGGAAGGGCCGAAAAGGCCACAGGAAGGGCCGACGGAAGAGCCAAGCGAGCGCAAAGAGGCCAAAGCCGCCUCUGGGGAUGUGACCUCCAGACUUUAUCAUGCUGAGCCGGUGGUCCGCCAGGCAGCCGUUGCUGCACUGGGCGCGCUUGGCCGGGCAGCGAAGGAUGAUGCACGUCUUCUGGCUGCUUCCUUGCGCGACACUGAUGCCGGGGUGCGAAGGGCGGCUGCAAUUGCGCUGGGCAACCUGGGGAAGCCAGCUUCCGCAUAUACAGAUGCGCUACUCGCAGCAUCGCGGCAUGACAACGACGAUGACGUUCGCUUCCAUGCGGCGGUUGCCCUGGGCAUGCUGGGCGCCUCGAAGAUUGAUCUGGAAGGGUGCAGGUGCAGUCCAGCUGCGCCAAUGCUCGCAUCCUGCACCCUGUCGUUUCCCGCAUGA